AUGUUCCGCCCAUCUCUUCUCGCCGUUCUCGUCGUCCUCAUCUCCACUCCAAUCAUCAAUUCUUUCGUUGUCCCUCCAUCCCAAGCAACUCUCGCUUGUAUCACUUGUGUGGCUACUGUGAAGGGAGUUGAAGCGAAGGUACUCUCAGAGGGAGGGCACGUGGCAAAGAACGACGUCGACUCGAUUUGUCUGAAAGAAGUUCCAACUCAUUCGGCUGAACAUUUGUGUGAAGAAUACGGAGAACAUGAGAUUGAUGUGAUGGUUACACUCAUUAAGAAGGAUGUUCCACCGAAGAUGAUUUGUCAAGAAUUGAACAAAUGUUGA